AUGGCUAGUCCCAACGUUCUUACCUUUGAUGCUAAGGGUCGAGCGGUAAACUUUGAGGUCUGGAUAGAUGAUCUGCAGCUUUUCCUGCAGUGCAAUAGCAAACACGACCUCUCACUCUUCGAUCUCACGUCUGGCGCCUCUACUGCCCCUGCUGCCGAUGCUGACAGUACUGUUCGCUCACAGUGGACCACACGCGAUGCUGCUGCCCGUCUUGCUGUGCGUAGCUACCUGGCGUCCACUGAGCGCGCGCACUUUAGCCAUUACAAGACUGCCAAGACCUA